GGAGCGCAGGUGGGCUGUUGAUAGAAAGUCAGUGGGGAGAAAACGGACGAAAGAAGGACAAUUGUCAAAAACAAAAUGACACACAUUAAUUUAUAUUAACCGGGGCGUCUCUGCUUCAUAAAACAAACGGCUUGUUGUUGAAGAACUUCCGGCCGGCUGCUGCCCAAGGCCAGCUGAAGCGUGAUGCAGCCAGAGCAGAGCAGAACAGGCUUUGGCCUGCAGAGACGACCGGCAGAUUCAGCCCCCCUGGGCAUGCAGAGCACCGGCCUGCUGCGGGGUCUCAUCCAGAGCGCCAGGCCCCCUUUCUUCUGCUUCCUGCUCCCCAGGGUCCAUGCAGCUGAUGUGGCUGCUGCCCAGCCUUCACAGAUGCUCUCCUCCUCCUCCUCCUCCACCUCCACCACCACCUCCUCCUCCUCCUCCUCCUCCUCCACCAGCCCAGCUCCUGUACUCGCUCCGUCUCCCAGCACCCUGCCAAGGAACUUUGGCAAGCCAGAAUUCCCAGACACAGGAUGGGGACGCAUCAAGGGCCUCUUUAACAAAGAUGAAUCACAGAGAUACCCAGAGGAGUUGACCAAUGUGAUGAAAAGCGGCUUUGUUGCUGCCAUGGCAGGCCUUUUGUAUGGGGGCCUGCCAGCGGCUCGCUACGCCAGAGAGAGGUACAUCCAAGUCAGCCAGGCAGAAAUGUACAGUAGUCGUGUGGAAGCAGUGCGCGCGGCACACAACGCAGCUUUCCGGGGUUUUAUGAGGUAUGGAUGGAGAUGGAGCUGGAGAGUGGCUGCGAUCGUCACCAUGUUCAGUUCUGUCAGCACCGGACUGUCUGUCUACCGAGACAAAGAUGCCGUCAGCAAUUAUGUUGUAGCUGGAGCUGUCACUGUGGGCCUGUUCAGACUGAACCUGGGACUGAGAGGGCUGGUGGCAGGGACCAUCAUCGGAACAGUCCUGGGGAUUCCUGUUGGUGGUUUGAUCAUCGGUUUGCAGUAUCUGACUGGAGAAACUAUCCGAGAGAGGAGGAGGAGAGAGCACAGAGAGCUCUAUGAGCUCAAGCUCGCAGAAUGGACGGCCCGUCUGCAGCUGACGGAUGAGUUGAUUGCUGAUCUGGAUGUUAGCUCUCAGGCAGAGGAAACAAAUAAGGACGUGCAGAGGAUCAAGGAACUGCUGAGUUUACCACAGAAUGAGGAUGUGAGCAAGGACUGAAGCAGCCAAUGAGAGUGGCUGCCUUACUACCUGAUAUCCAUUGGACAUUGAAGGUGGGACUUCAGAGAACUGUAGGGGUAAAUCAAUCCUUUCUUUGCUGGGACUCUGCACAUCUUUCCAACAGAUUCACAUCAGGAUUUGAAGACACUGCUGAGCAUCACCAACGAGAGUCGCCUCAGCAAGCUGCUGAGAACAAAUGUGGAAUGGACUACAGGAAUGUCACAAGUCUUCAAAUAUUAUUUCCUGUUAGGUUUGUUCCACAAAGUUCACAUUGACACCGUGAUAAUAAAGCUCAAAUUAACUGAA